AUGGAAAAACAUUCAUUACCAUAUAACAGCGGAAAUGAUGAUGGCAACGGCAUUUUUGCAAUUUGUGGUUUAACAUUAUAUUCCGCCACCAUUCUUUGUACCUUUGCGCAAAUUAGUCUAACAUUAACAUCCAGUUUAUUCAUGUACACUUAUCUUCCACAUACAGUCGUUAAUUCCAUCCUUAUCUCUUUAUCAGUGUUUUGCUGUAGUAUUGCUAUCAUAUUCCUAUUACUUCGUAUUUGGGAACGAAUAUUUGGUUCAAUGUAUGAUUCAUUCUUUCACGGAUAUUUGUUAAGUAUGCUUCUUAUGGCAUUAAUCAGUUUUUUCGAAGUGAUGUAUUUCCCGUUAUCACUGCUACAAACAUUUACCGAUUGGAAUUCAUCAUCUAUCACCUAUCACAGUAUUUUAAUCAUUUUAAGUGCUAUCACAUUGUUACUGCAAUUCUUGCUACGUAGUCUUGUUGAAGAAAUGUUCGCUCGUAUAAACUGUAACUUCAAGUGA